UUAUCCUCGUCUCUUCUCUAGUUUGCACAUCUUCUUUUCUUUUCCAACUAUGACGUUGCAUGUUCUCACUUGUUUCUUUAUUUCUGUCUUUGCUUUGAGUUUCUUGGUUACUACUCUUGUUUCCCUACCUUCUCGUCGUCUUGACCAAGUCGAAAGCCUUCUAGCUUUCAAAAACGAGUUUAUUCUGUACUGCAACAAAUCAGUGACAAACUCUUGGACCCAUGAUGCUAUCUCCUUUGAUGGGGUUUUGUUUGAUGAAGACACCGGUGGUGUCACGGAGCUAAAACUUCGUGGUGCGUGUCUCAGCGGCACUCUCGAUGCUAACAGUAGCCUCUUCAGAUUACACCAGCUCAAGCAUCUGGAUCUGUCUCUCAACAACAUUUCCUCUUCGCUACCUGCAGAGUUUGGCCGACUCACCGACUUAGAGUUCUUGGAUCUUCACCAAAACCGCUUCACUGGAGAGCUUCCAUCCUCAAUCAGCAACACCACUGGUUUAACCAAGCUUAAUUUCCUAGACAUUUCUAACAACAGUCUCCAAGGAAAAGUUCCCGAAUGGUUAUCGAAUCUUCCUUCUUUGACCGCGACUAAUCUCUCUCACAACUCCUUUGAUAGUUUCCCUAACAUUCCACCAACCUUGAAGUACGUGAUCGCAUCAAACAACAAUUUCACAGGAGAGAUGCCUCUCUCUUUGUGCAAUCCAAGGAACCUAUUAUUCCUUGAUCUGUCGAACAACAGUUUAACUGGUUCGGUUCCAAGAUGCUUGAGUAAAUCUAUCACGGUAUUGAAUCUCCGUCACAACAACGUUACAAGCCUUCCGGACACAUUCUCCAACAGCUCGCUCAGAGUGCUUGACGUUGGCCACAACCAAAUAAGUGGCAAGCUUCCAAGGUCACUUAUAAAUUGCGAAAGCCUAGAGUUUGUAGAUGUGGAGAGCAAUCGCAUCGAUGACACGUUUCCUUUCUGGUUGGGGUCUUUGCCGAAUCUGCAAGCACUUAUACUAGGAUCAAACAGAUUUCACGGUCCUAUAUCUUCUCCUCAGUAUCCCCUGACGAUGUUUUCAAAACUGAGGAUCAUUGACAUAUCGCUUAACAUACUUGACGGCAGUCUCCCACCAAACUACUUUGUGUACUGGAGUGCAGACAUCAAUAGUAGUACUAGUAGGCUUGAGUAUGGUCGACCGGGAGUGAAACUUCUUAACAUAUACGGAAGCAUUGAUUUCUCUGGAAACAGGUUUGUAGGAGAGAUUCCCGAAUCCAUUGGUCUUUUGAAGUCGCUGCUUGCCCUCAACUUAUCCAACAACGGAUUCACCGGUCAUAUUCCAUCGUCUAUGGCCAACCUCACGGAGCUUGAGUCACUCGAUAUAUCUAGAAACCGAAUUUCUGGAACAAUUCCACCAGAGUUAGGGAAGCUCUCCUUCUUGUCGUAUAUUAACAUGUCAUACAACCAACUCACUGGCCAAAUACCACAGGGUACUCAAUUUCAAACGCAAAAUGAGUCUUCAUUUGAAGGGAAUAUCGAUCUAUGUGGCUCUCCUCUUCGAAAUAGUUGCUCCAUGGAAAAUGUAUCAACUCAUGCUUCCAAAGCUACGCUGCAUAGCCUUAGUUCCCGUAAACCCUUGCUGCUAUUCUCGUUCAUCAUAGUCUUUCAUUCUGUUCUCUUUUUCCCUAUUCCACUUUCAACAAGUUUGUAGCAACUUUCGAGUGCAGGAUAUCUUUUGUAAGAUUGUGUUUACUUUA